AUGACUGUAUUGGCGGUCUUGCUGGCGCUUGCCACCGCCGUCUCCCAGUCUACGGGGCUGGCACUACCUGCUCCUGCUCCCGCUCCGGCGCCGCAAAUGGUCUACGGCGAGAACUCCGGCCCCGUAGCCGGAGUCUCCCCUCCAAUCCCGACCGCAAGCGGGCGAACUGGUUCUCUCCGUGGCAGCACCAAUCUACUGGGAGCCAACUCUCCGCAGCCAGAUCUCGACACAGCAAACUCGGCCAUAGUACCGAACCCACAAUCUGUCAACGGACAGGAUGCGAAUGCCGACCUGGGCUUGUAUCUCGAUUUUAAUAGUGCAAAUCCGCCGCAGCCUAAUAGGGGUGGAAGAGGGGGGACGGAUCCGGGACCUAGAACAUACGACUACGAAAAACUCAACCCCGACCUCUACGCACCACCGGGUACUGACGCCGGCAGCACGCCUCAAUUCAUGUUCAACAUGGGCCUAGCGCACAACCGCGCCGGCGUGGGUAACCAUUCCGGCUGGGCACGGCAGCAAAACCAAGACGUCCUUCCCGUGGCGAAAGCCAUGGCGGGCGUGGACAUGCGUCUCGAGCCGAAUGCCUAUCGUGAACUACACUGGCACACGGCAGCCGAGUGGUCGUUGGUUCUGAAGGGGUGUACGCGUGUAGCGGCACUCGACACGGACGGGCGGACGUACAUCGAUGAUGUCUGUGCGGGUGACGUCUGGUUUUUUCCGGCGGGUGUGCCGCAUAGUUUGCAAGCUUUGGAGAUGGGGACGGAGUUCCUUUUGGUGUUUGACUCAGGGGCAUUCAACGAGGAAGCGACCUUUUUGGUGACGGAGAUGAUGUUGCGGAACCCCGUUGAGGUGUUGAGUAAAGACCUGAAAGCCAAUACCUCGGCGUUUGACAAUCUGCCCAAAGACCAAUUGUACAUCUUCAACGGCACGCCUGCCCCAAAAAACAUCGCCGAGCAGAACUUGACAGGUCCAGCUGGUGCCCGGACCGGCAACGAGAGUUUCACGUACCACUGGUCGCGCCAACAGCCGAUGGAGGUCGAGGGAGGCUCAGUCAAGAUCAUCGACCCGUUAACCUUCCCCAUCGCAAGCAACUUCUCCGCUUCGCAGGUGGUCAUCCACCCGGGCGCCAUGCGCGAGAUCCACUGGCACACGACGUCGGACGAGUACGCCUUCUUCAUCCAAGGGUCGGGCCGCAUAACCGUGUACGUGGCGCCGUCGGCAUCGAGGACCUACGACUUUACUGCGGGAGGAGUGGGAUACAUCCCGCAAGGGUCGAGCCACUAUAUCGAGAACACGGGGACCGAGGAUCUGGUUUACCUCGAGGUGCUGCAGGCAAGCAAGUUCACGGAUAUCAGCGUGGCGCAGUGGUUGGCGCUGACGCCGAGGCAGGUGAUUAAGGAUCAUCUGCAUUUGCCGGAUGAGUUGCUGGAUCGGUUACCGACGGAGAAACCGUAUGUGGUUGCGGGGAACAAGAACUUGACGGCCAUGGCGGGGGGUGGGCAGGCUUAUUGA